AUGAGGCGAAAAGCAAGAUGUCACGAAGAUAGGGUAGUAUCUCUUUGUCCAAAAGAGAACCAGUACCACUACAUGGCCUACAACAAACGACAGCACCAACAUUUAUCAGCGCAACUCGAUUCUAGGAGGAAAAUAAAAGGCCGCCACUGGUGUGGGAGGCUGAAGUUUCAGGACAAAUCGCGUGGGACAGACCCUGCGAGCUCUGUUUGGGCGGCCCUGGAGAACGGCGUGAGGGAAUUCGGGCGUGUGGCCCUCGCCGCGCGCCACGCGGACAGGUGGCAGCGGGUGGCUGUGGAGCCCGGGUCACACCCGAGGCAGCCUCUCGGGCCCCGAGGCGCGCGCCGGCGCGGGUUGCCAUGGUUUCGGGGUCACUAUAAUUACUCAAUUAAAGGGUGCAAACCAAUUACCUUUGGUGUCAUUGGCAGCUUGUUGUCUGAAGCUCCAGCAAUAAACAGAUUCACAAGGCGUGCCUCAGUGUGUGCAGAAGCGUAUAACCCCGAUGAAGAGGAAGACGAUGCAGACUCCCGGAUUAUACAUCCAAAAACUGACGAUCAAAGAAAUAGAUUGCAAGAAGCUUGCAAAGACAUCCUGCUGUUUAAGAACCUGGAUCCGGAGCAGAUGUCUCAAGUAUUAGAUGCCAUGUUUGAAAAAUUGGUCAAAGAAGGGGAACAUGUAAUUGAUCAAGGAGAUGACGGUGACAACUUUUAUGUAAUUGAUAGAGGAACAUUUGAUAUUUAUGUAAAAUGUGAUGGCGUUGGAAGAUGUGUUGGUAACUACGACAAUCGUGGGAGUUUUGGCGAACUGGCCUUAAUGUAUAAUACACCCAGAGCAGCUACGAUAACUGCUACCUCUCCUGGUGCUCUGUGGGGUUUGGACAGGGUAACCUUCAGGAGAAUAAUUGUAAAAAACAAUGCCAAAAAGAGAAAAAUGUAUGAAAGCUUUAUUGAGUCACUGCCGUUCCUUAAAUCUUUGGAGGUUUCUGAACGCCUAAAAGUGGUAGAUGUGAUCGGCACCAAAGUAUACAAUGAUGGAGAACAAAUCAUUGCUCAGGGAGAUUUGGCUGAUUCUUUUUUCAUUGUAGAAUCUGGAGAAGUGAAAAUUACUAUGAAAAGAAAGGGUAAAUCAGAAAUAGAAGAGAAUGGUGCAGUAGAAAUCGCUCGAUGUUCUCGGGGACAAUACUUUGGAGAGCUUGCCCUGGUAACUAACAAGCCUCGAGCUGCUUCUGCGCAUGCCAUCGGGACCGUCAAAUGCUUAGCUAUGGACGUGCAAGCAUUUGAAAGGCUUUUGGGACCUUGCAUGGAAAUUAUGAAAAGGAACAUUGCCACCUAUGAAGAACAAUUAGUCGCCCUGUUUGGAACAAACAUGGAUAUUGUUGAACCUACUGCAUGAAGCUGAAGUAUGGAGAAAGAAGAGCUGUAGUGACAGAAUUACACAGUAGUGGUUAGUCCACUGAGAACGUGUUUGUGUAGAUGCCAAGCAUUUUCUGUGACUUCGGGUUUUUUCCUUUUUUUUUACAUUUACAAUGUAUCAGUAAACAGUAGUGAUUUAAUAGUCAAUAGGCUUUAACAUCACUUUCUAAUGGGUAGUUAAUUUAAAAAUCAGCAUAUUGAUAAAAUGACUUUCUACUCCACAAAAUUAUUCGAAGGUUUUAUUUAAAUGAUUGUAAUAUAUUGAGAGUACCCAUGUUUCAGAAGACAAUUAAAAGACACUAUCUUAGGCAGUAUGUGUGUGACCUAUUCAGAUGCGUAACAAGUUAGUGACUGUGCCCAUGUAAGAGGGAGUCGUGCUCCACAGCGCGGCGCCACGUUCUGUUUAUAACUCAUUAUGCAGUCAGAUUUUCAUCAUUUUCAUUUUAAAGUCUUUUCUGGCUUGAUAAGUUGUGUGGCAGCCUUGGCCUGUUGGUGAAAUGGUAGAAAACAUCAUAUGCAAUUUUAAAACUUUUUAUAUUUUUGCAAUAAAGUACAUUUUGACUUCUUCUGCAUAAUGUCAGUAACCAGUGUAUUCCAGUGGUUUUAAGGACUGGCAGCGUAUUAUGAUGAUUGGGAAAAGAGUCUUUAAAGAGGAGAGUUCAUUAAUGCAUUUCUUUCUUCAUCAAGCAUAUAUAUUUCUGGUUUCCCUUUUCAUUUUGCAACUUGCUAUAUUCUUUGUCUUUAAUUUUGACACUUAAUGUCAAAAAGUUUUUUUAAAGCUAUUUAAACUUGUUAAACUUGGUCUUUAUUGUCUUCUAAAAGCCCCAGAGCUUACAGUUCAUCAAAGAGAAACCCUCCUUUACCAGUCACAUAUUGGGACCCUUACGUACACGUCUGCAUAAUCUGAUUCCUCACACGGAUCUGCCACCAUGGGUUUCUGGUCUUCCUCCUAGUGGUUACCAGCCCACAGACUCCGAUCAGCCGCCAGUGAGGUUUAUCCUCCCCCGAAAAAAUUCCUCAAAGGUGGUAGGAAUAAAAUUGUAUAAGCAAAAUUGUAUAUAACAAUAAAAGGAAUUUCUGUCCAUAACCAAUAGACCAUUAAGCCUUGCCAUCUGCUUUAUGCCAACUCACAAGUACAGAAAACUUGUAGAUUUUCAUUGACCACUGACAUGCUUAUAGAAGAUGCCAGAGAAGAAUUUGAUUAUAUUCAACCAAAACAGUGUACUCUGAUUCUUAAGCCAUGACCCGGUGUCUAGACAUUAAUCCCAACUAGUUGUUUGCUUUCAAAUGGGCAAUUUCAUUUUGGGAAAUGUGUUUUAAAAGAAUAUACAUGGGUGAAAUUAUUUUGUGGCUACUGUAGUCUUAUUAGAGAAUGUUUAUGGUCCUACUUGUAUAUGAAAACAUGGCUAGAAUGUUAAUUGGAUAAUGUAUAUAUAAGUAAUUAAAGUAUGUAAAUUGUAACUUCAGCCACAUUUUAGAAGACUGUUUAAUAUCUUUGCCAAAACCUUCUUGUAGGAUAUGCGAGCCUCUCUACAUGAAGAUGACUUGUUUACUAUUUUAGAUUUUAAAAGCCAUGUCUGUUAAACAAGGAAAAAUACAAACAAAAAAAAACCACCCAAACUUCUCGUUCAUCAUUCUGUAUUCAUUACUCACUUUUUCAAGUUAAUCUCUUUGGUUGCAUAAUCUGAUUGUUAACUAGUCAUGGAACAGUAAAUAAAUGCCUGUUUAAUAAAGAACUCUGACUAAGGCUACAAAUGCCAGUUACAUUAUUUUCAGUAUUGUUGGUUAUAUUUAAAUUUUCCUUAUAAUAAAGCACACUUUUUAUAGUAAAAUUUAUGAAUUACUGUUUUUAAUACUUUUUUGCUUACUAACUAUACCUUACAUAGUAUAGUCAUAAAUGCAGUGAAAAGCAUGGUAGACACGUGGCAUAUGGAAGCCAAGACAGCAAGAAAGUGCAGUAUGGUUUUGUAUGGCAACGGGGUUGUCUUUUAAGAUUUUACCUAUUGAUCAUUUGUGAGAGAAAUGAUUGUGGUAUGUUGCACAUUUGGCCAUUUACAAUAAUGAACCUGGCUAACUAGGACAUUUAUAUGUAAAAUUAUCAAAUUAAAAUAGCUCAAGUUUGA